AUGGAGGCAGGUAGAGAGGUGUACCGUAGGCUGAGGGCCAAUCUGGAGGGUGCGCUUCGGCCGGUUCGUUCGGUGAGUGCUGCCGAGGUUAAGGAGCAGGAGAAGGAACCUGAACGGAAGGGGUCAACCGUUGAAACAUCCUUGACCCUAGGGUUGACGUACCCGGCCCACGGACAAGUUCCCUGUCUGGUGGACCGUGUUACGGUUCGACGCAAUGGCCGAGUGCCCCAGUUCGUGGCCGCGGAACCGCUCCGGGCGGGCGAUCUGAUCGCCUGGGAGAAGCCGCUGCUGUUCGUCACCAACGUGGGAGGAUACGCCGCGUGCGACUACUGUGGCACCGACUGUUCGGACAUUCGGCAGAUUUCCUGCCACGGCUGCUCGUCGACGGUAGGCUUCUGUAACGCCGAGUGUCGCAAGCGAGCCUACAACACUUACCACUGGCUGGAGUGUUUGAUGUCGGACGGCGGGAUCUCGUGGUUCCGGGAGGAAACACGGCUGGCGUUGCGUCUGUUCUGCCUGGGGCUGACCGUGUACGAGAAGGACUUCGGUAGGCUGUACCAGCGCUACAAAAGUGUGGCCUCGGCGAAGUCACCCGACGAUCCGCUGAGUGCGUUCGCUGGACCCGGUCACUCACUGAAGGACCGCCACGACGCACUGUUCCGGUUGCCGUUUGACGAGCAGAUGGCCCGGAAGCUGUGCACCGAAUUGUUCCACCAGCUGAUGGAAAAGUACUGCCGCCAGCUGGCGAGUGUUCUGAGGAUGAUGAACAUCGAGUGCAACGUCACGCAUCUCAGAGAGCUUACGAAGUACUACCACUUCUGCGAGGCCAAAGACCGAUUAAUCAAAGGCGACGGUAUCUACCCGAUGAUGAGCCUGUUCCGCCACUCCUGCAACGCGAACCUCAAGCUGAUCUCGACUGCGGACAACUGGCAGCUGGUGUUCGUGUUGCGUCCGACGGCCAAGGGCGAACCGCUUUGUUUGGCUAAUACCGAGUUCCUGCAGUAUCAGAUGAAGUUUGAGUACGCCCUCAUAAGGAAGUACACGCAUGCAAGGGUUCGACUGGCCACUGGCGGUGGGGCUGCGGAACUGAACGUGUUGAAGGUCAGGAAGGUGUAG